CCGAGCCCAAACGAAGUAUCGAAAAUGUUCUCAGCUUUGAACCAUUUUCGUCAACGAGUUCAUGGCCAAUUGGCAAAAAUCCGCAGAAAUCUCCGCGAGUUCCACUGCGACAAGGAGUACUUCGUGCACCACGAUCUACUGGCGGCCAUUGGAGGACUCCAUCUGAUGGGUGACGAUGGUGAGACUCCAGUUUGGUGGAGCAUUUACCGUUGCUUCACAGCGUUGAUGUACGUCCUGAUGACCUGGAGGGCGUAUCAAACCGUAACCACUUGCCAUGAACUCGUUCAGCUGGUGUACAAUAUGCUGGUGUACACCGAGACAGUUGUGGUCCUGGUCCGACUGGUGCUGAUUGGUAGUAACUACACACACCUGGGAAAAGUGCGUGGAUACAUCAACGCGCGAAAUUUCGAUCGACAAGGACCAUGUGCGUUGGAAACCCGCAAACGGUCCUACUUCGUUGUGCGCAACGUGUCCCUGGUUUCCCUGAUCAAUCUGAUGAUGGUUGCUGUACCAGCGCUCGUCUUCGACAUCGAUGCUCUGCAGCUACCAUUCCAAGUCUCGAGCCACACCUUGCUGAACACCGUCAUUCAAAAGAUCUACAUUGUGCUGAUCUUCUCAGCGACCGUCAACGCCGUCAACAACUUUGUCACCAUCUUCAUGGUCCUCAAAGGUCUCCUCACGGAAGCCGAGGUAGUUGCCAACAGUUUCAGCCGGAUCUUCGACCAGGCUUCCGUUAUCCCAUUGACGCAGGAAGCAUCCUCUUCAAACUACGACGAGUCCACUUUCUGGGACCAACUCAACCAGCAGUUCGCCGAGCACAUCAACCAGCACUGCAUUCUUCUGGGUCACAUUCAAACCAUCAGACCGCUACUCGAGGGCACCUUCCUGGUGAUCUACUACGUGACCGCGUUCAACAUGGCUUGCGGAUGUUUCUUCGUGAUGGCCCAAGACAAACCCUUCAAUAUCUACACCAUCCAAGUGGUCAACCUGAUCAUCCUGCAAACGUUCGAAUGCUUCGUGUACACCUACCUAACCACCAAAUUGAAGGACGUGCACAGCUCCAUCGGACAAGCCGUGUACUGCCUCAGCUGGCCCCAGGACCUGAAGUUUUCGGAACGGUUCGGUCCCCAGUAUCGGGCGGUGCGUGCCAAGCUGACGCUGAUUCAGGAACGCUGCAACCAGGACGUUCGCUUCAGCACCGGCGGGCACUUUGAGUUCACCCAGGAGCGGUUCACCGAACUCAUGAACAUGACGUACACGCUCGUUACGUUUCUGUGGGAGAUGAAGAAGGGCGGCUAGAUUUGAGAAGCUGUGGCGGUGUUGAUCUGCGGUUAGAAUGCAGUGUUUUUGGAAAGAUUGUAGCUGCUGAAGAGUUUUUUACAGUAGAUGCACUUUAAAAAAGUAGAAUCAUGCACCAAUAUAUAACUGAUCACCUUAAUUGUUAUUGAACAAUCGUAAUUUAAAUAAGACAUGAAUCGUUCAACAAAGUUGAUUAAUUUAUGAGCAAGCGGAAAAUAAUUAAAAAUAUGUAUUUAAAAAAUGGGGUGAAU